GGUAUGCAUGUCAACGAUUCCUUCUCGCGUAACGGAAGGAGCCGAAUCACGAGCUGCUACAGACCAAGUGGCGGAGAAGCGCCGGUAAGGAGAUAAAGCGGGGACUGAAACAAGAUCGCUGGCAACGAAAGUAGGCUUCCCAACUUUGCGCCUCUAUCUUCCUUCUAUGGCCGCGGUCGGUGCUCAAGCUCUUCCUUUCGCCGCCUCUCACCAUAUCGGCUCAUCCCCACGUGCUUCGAUCUCAAAAUCCCGCGGCUUGACUCGCUUUCCCCUAUCCAGAGGUUCGCCGCUCACUUCGUCCUUCACGCCUGGCUUAACUACAGCAUUCUGGAUUACAUCAAACAGGAGGAAAGUUAAUCAGCAAGAAACAUCUGUUUCCAUAAGGUGUGAGCAGGGAACCAAGGAUAAUAAUGGACUAGAUGUAUGGCUGGGUCGGCUUGCGAUGGUUGGUUUUACCACUGCAAUAACUGUCGAAAUAUCAACAGGGAAAGGACUUCUAGAGAAUUUCGGGUUUACGACACCAAUUCCAACUCUAGCAUUGGUUGUUACAGCAUUAGUGGGACUUCUUACUGUAUUCUUCAUCUUUCAGUCAGCUUCUCGAGAUUAAUAUCGCUUGUUUCUUGUUUAGAAUUCAUUGCUGUUUAUUCAAGCUGUAUGAAUGAUAUUACUGGAUAUGUUAUACAAUGAGUACAUGUAGUCGAGUU